AUGCUUCACUGUGCAAGGUAUGGGACCUUGCGGCCCUUUCGGGGAAUAAAGCGGCAAAAUUUCAUUACAGCGUCUAUUCAGAAAGUCCCUCUCCUUCAUUUUUCCACCAGUAUCGUGACAAAGUCCAAGAAAUCGGACAAAGAAGAGAAGCGAAGCGACAAGAAUGAAGGUGUCUCCAAAAAAGAAAAUAGAGAUGCUUUGUUCAAGGUGAAGUCGAAAACUUCGCUGUCUGCUCCAGCCCCAAUGAGCCCCGAUUUAGGUCUCGAAGCUCUCAUGAAGAAAGACAACAAGCCAUACAUUCCAAAGCUCAAGCAUGAGCGUUUAUCGUACGAGUAUCCAGGGCUACCGAACGAAGAUGAUUUCACGAAGCAUAGCAGCAAGGUUAAGAAACCGAAGACUGUCAACCGAUGGAGUCGCCAUGUUCCGAAAUUGCUCACCGCAUUGGCUGUUCUUUGGGGAGCAUACACCGUGAAGGUGUGGUACUUUCCACUGGAGAAAGGCGCCGACAGCAAGGAGCUUUUGGAUCCAGACACUUUUCACAAGUUUAUCAUCACUCACAAGCACAGAAUUGAUGACGAACACUAUCUUAUCGAAGUCAAGCCCAAGUUCAAAAAUUGGCAGUACAGUUACUAUGCUCAUUAUGAUAACAAGUCCAUUUGGAAUGGAGACAAGAUUUGGUCUGUUGAAGUUAAGCAGCCACAGAUUAUGGUCGUCAGAUCGUAUACUCCCUUGCCUCUUUACUUCAUGAAAUCGGAGAGAACUAGAUCUGGAGAAAAAGACCCACUUUUGAGAGUCAUCGACAACGACGCUGGAGACUACGAUAAAGGCGGUGUUAUGACGUUCUAUUUGAAGAGAUAUGGCGAGGGUGAAGUUUCCAGAUACAUUGUGGACAAAGAUGUUGGCGAUGAGAUCGACAUUAGAGGUCCACAUAUUGAGUAUACUCUUCCCCAUCAUCCAUUGAAACAGCUACACGAACGACCAAUGUUCAGAGACCUACCUUCUAAAGUUGAGGCUGAGUCACUUGUUGAGACUAUCAAGAAGGACAACAAGAUUCCUGAUUUUGACAACUUGACCUUCUACGCAGCUGGUACUGGCAUUGCUCCCGCCUUGCAACUUUUGUUUUCAAGAAAUCCAUUCAGAGGAUUUGUCCGUCUCCACUACUCCUCACGUACAGGGGAGGAAUUAGGGCCACUCGAACGUUUCCUUUUCUUCUUGGAGAAGUUAGAUAGGAUCGAGGUCAUCAGACACAUUGACGAACAGCCCAAGACUAUGUUGAACGCUAAGGAUGUGGUGAAGCCGCACGCAAGAAACUAUGUUAGUCCGAUGCGUCAAGAGUUAGAGGGGAAGAACGAAGCCACCACUGGUUUGUCUCCAGAAGAGGCACUUAAGCUUCGUAUGGCCAUUAUGGACGAGCAAGAAUCUGCAAAGCAAAAAGCCGAGGACAUGGCAAGAGAGAGAGCUCCACGUUUUGAAAAUGCUCUUCAGCAAGCAUUGGUCACCUCCAAACAGCCGAAAGCACCGUCAGCUAUGGCCAUAGUGUGCGGUCCCGAUGGCUACAUCGACUAUGUCGCUGGAGGCAAACUUUUGAACACUAACGAACAGGGAAAUGUUCUGGGGCUUCUUGGAAGUAAGUCAUGGGACAACACCAAUGUAUAUAAAUUGUAG